UUCCAACGUCGUUGCCAAGCUACUAUGCAACAAAAGAAAGUAAACAAUAAUUAAAUGCAAUACCAAAGUUAAAAAAUCAUCAGAACCACUUUCAGAUCUUUUAAAAGAGCCCAACAAUUUUCUAAAGUAUUCCAUAAGUCUAGUAGCAAUGCGUGGAGUACUUAAAUGGGUUCAGAAAAUUGAAUUUCCAAACACCAAAGAAGACCAAGUCAGUGUGCAUUCCUUAUGCUAUCACCCUGAGGGAAAGCAACUAGUGGUGGCGGCCGGUGAUCGGGUGCUUAUAUAUGACCCAGAUGGAACUUUACUAAAUACUCUUAAGGCUCACAAAGAUGUAGUUAAUUGUGUGGCCUAUGCUCGCGAUGGCAAAAAGUUUGCAAGUGGUGCUGUAGACAAAACAGUUAUCGUGUGGACACCUCAGUUGGAGGGAUUGCUAAAAUAUUCACAUAACGACUCAGUGCAAUGUAUGUCCUUCAAUCCGGUUUCACAUCAAUUGGCUUCUUGUUCACACAGUGACUUUGCUUUCUGGUCUGCUGACCAGAAAGCCGUGCAAAAGUACAAAAUUUCCACACGAGUCAAUUCAUGUACCUGGACCAAUGAUGGCCAGUACUUGAUACUUGGAUUAGCCAAUGGCAGUAUUUCCAUUAGAAGCAAACUUGGUGAGGAAAAAGGCCGUUUCGAUCGUCCAGGUGGUUCAAGCAGCAACGUCUUUAGCCUACAGUGCUGUCCAAUGACUAGUACUGAUGUAAUUGGAGUAGCUGAUUGGGGCCAAACACUUUCAUUUCAUACAUUAAGCGGUCAGAUGAUUGGCAAAGAGCGAGCGCUGGGUUUUGAUCCGCUAUGCUUAACCUUUUUCCCCAAUGGAGAAUAUUGCGUAGUGAGUGGAUGUUCGGACUCAUUACACUUUUUUACAAAGGAAGGCGUACGUUUGGGCACACUUGGCGAAGGUUUUAAAUCCUGGAUUUGGUCGGUUGCUAUUCAUCCCAACAGUCAAUCUUAUACGAUUGGCUGUCAGAAUGGCACACUCGCUUGCUUUAACAUCGUUUCAAGUACGGUUCAUGCGCUGUAUCGUGAACGCUAUGCAUUUCGUGAAAAUAUGUGCGAUGUCAUAAUACAACAUUUAAUUUCUGGCCAGAAAGUGCGCAUAAAAUGCCGCGAUUUAGUGCAAAAAAUUGCUAUCUAUAGAAAUCGAUUAGCAGUGCAACUACCUGAGCGUGUGGUUCUGUACGAAUUAAGUUCUGGUGAAGAACAGCCGAUGCAUUACAAAGUAAAAGAAAAGAUUCAGAAGAAAUUCGAUUGCAGUCUAUUGGUAGUAUGUGCACGUCACAUAGUCCUAUGCCAGGAGAAACGUCUGCAGAGCUUGGACUUUAACGGCAUAUUACAACGAGACUGGAUAAUGGACUCUUUCAUACGCUAUAUUAAGGUGACGGGUGGCCCAUCAGGCCGAGAAGGUCUUCUUGUUGGCCUAAAGAGCGGGCAGGUUUUUCGUAUAUUUUUGGACAACUCACUUCCACUUUUAAUUACCAGUGUCGUAUCAGCAGUACGCUGUCUAGAUAUCAAUGCGAACCGCACUAAGAUUGCUGUAGUGGAUGAUACUGGACGCCUAGUUGUUCGAGAUAUUGUUAGUGACACUCUACUUUAUCAGGACACUGGCGUGAACUCUGUAACCUGGGAUACACACCUGGACUCAAUGCUUUGCUACACGCACACUGUAGGUGGACUCAGCAUUCGCGUUGGCAGUCUGCCCCCACGCGGCCCCCAGAAUAUGUUAGGCGUAGUAGUGGGUCUAUGUGGGGCCACGGCUUUUUGUCUGCGUGGCAACGUUAUGCAUAAUAUACCACUAGCACUUGGCGCAACCAUGUGGCAAUUCGUUGAAGCGGGACUCUUCGAAGAGGCCUACCAAGUUGCCUGCUUAGGUGUGACCACAACCGAUUGGGAAGGCCUUGCACAAUCUGCUCUGGAAGCUUUGCAUCUACAUAUAGCGCGUGAUGCAUACGUAAAGGUGCGCAAUCUCUCUUGGCUGCAGUUAAUCGAUGAAUUAACUGAUAAACAGAAACGUGGAGAAGUGUCAAAAGAGGUGCUACAAGGGGAGAGCUGUGCAUAUGCUGGAAAAUACAAGGAGGCUGCACGUCUUUAUCAAAAGUGCAAUCAGCCCAUGCGUGCAUUGGAAAUGUAUACUGAUUUGCGCAUGUUCGAUCUCGCACAAGAAUUCAUCAAAGAUGGCUCGGAUGAAGCGAAACGUGAUUUAGUGAAAAAAAGGGCAGAAUGGGCAUACUCCGUCAAGGAGCCACGAGCAGCCGCAGAAUUAUUAUUAUCAGCUGGGGAGCAUCAACGAGCUAUAGACAUUGUAGCGGAACAGGAUUGGGCAGAUAUUUUAUAUGACAUUGGCCGCCGAUUAAGUUUGAGUGAGAAAAUCUCACUGGAAUCGGUUGCAUUCAAUUUAAAGCGGUUGAAAGCUUUACCAUUAGCAGCUGAAAUCUUUAAGAAGCUCGGCGAUGAAGCACAAGUGAUACAAUUACAUGUUGAAGCACGCGAUUGGGCCGAAGCUUUCCGACUUGCAGAAAAUAUGCCAGAAAUGUUGCCCACUGUCAAUUACCAGCAUGCCCAAUGGCUUGCUGAAUCCGACCAAUUUAUUGAGGCACACGAAGCUUACUUGAAAGCGGGGCGCAUGAAAGACGCAAAUCGUUUGCUGAAGCAGCUCAGCACAUCGGCCAUUGUAGAGGAGCGUUUCCUAGAUGCCAGUUACUUCUAUUGGCUACUUUCAAAACAAUAUUUAGACAUUUACUACAAGAAAGAUGAGCAAAAUCCUGUUGACCACCAUUAUAAAGAGUAUCAAAGCCACUUACGAAUUGCUAAAGUAUAUUAUGCUUACAGUGUAAUAUUUAACUAUAUGAAAGAACCAUUUACGACAUAUUCACCAGUUAGUCUAUUUAACGUAAGCCGUUUUAUAUUGAACGAAGUCGAGUACAAAGGAACACCAAAGGGGGUGAGCUUAUUUGCGGUUUUGUUCACACUAGCUAAACAGGCCAAACUACUGCAGGCUAAUAAAUUAUGCUUGGUUGUGAAUAAGCGUUUGCAAUCACUAAAACCGCCCCCCGGUGUCCAAGAACAAAUUGAUAUAAAUUACCUGAAUAGUAAGGCAUGCAAGAGUGGAUUUAAUGAUCCCGAAGAGCUGUUGCCGCUCUGUUACAAAUGCUCAAAUUAUAGCCAACAUUUGAAUGGCAACAUUUGCCCAACCUGUAAACAAGAUUACAUAUUUUCAUUCAUCUCUUUUGAAAUUUUGCCUUUAGUACAAUUUUACCCUGAAGUAGAUAUUACUGAUGCAGAGGCAGAACGAUUGCUACUCGCGCCGCCGAAACCUGCCGAGGAGGGUGAUCCUUUUAAUGAGGAUGUUGCCAGCGCCUUACCCCUAAGCCUUGAUCGGAAUGCAUUGCGAGCAAUUGACCCAGGACACAUUUUAAUUGUCAAGCGACGUGAAAACAAUUUAAAAAAUAUAUAUUACCGCAAUAUUUUACCGGAUCUACAAGUUACUUUUUGUCCGGAAUGUUUGUUGGUGAGUUUUCAAGACAUUCGUGGCGUUGCUUCCUAAUUAUUUACCGAACAU